AUGCAGCCGGGAAAGCAGCAGUCGGCUGCGGCCCGCAGACGUGCCACGUGGCAAGUGGGGCGAUUCGGCUGCAGAGGCGGCCGGUGGGUGCGGUGGGCGACGCUUCUGCUAAUCCCCGUGGCAUAUCUUCUGACUCUCCGCAUCUACCUCCGCCUGCACCCGGGCGACGCGACCAGCCACGUCAGCGGCGCGGGCCACCACAUGUCGCUGCUGCAUCUGCGCCUCAAUCCCCGCGGAAUGCGCGCGCUCAUCCGCGGCCAGGCGGCGGACGUGGGCAGGGGGAACGGGACGGCGGCGGGAGCGGGUGGUAGUGGGGGAAAGGCGGCGUUGGAUGCGCUGAUGGCGGAAGGCGGCGCGGCGGUGAAGGGAAAGGCGGGGGGCGCAAUGGGCGCUCAGAGCGCAAUGGCGCAGCUGGUGGCGGGGGAGGGGGAAGGGAAUCGGACUGGCGCAGGAGGAGGGGGCGGGGGGAGCGGGGGAGAGGAGUUGCGGAUGUGGCGGAGAGAGUGGCUAAAGGAGGGGCGCGCGCGGCGCAGGGGAGCGGAUGCCAUGCGGAGGAGGGGCGAAGGGGGACAGCAAUGGCGGGGAUGGGGGGGAUAUGGCCCCGAAAAUAAGCCCCCUCCACGAGUGGCCAUCUGUCUUGUGGGGGGAGCGCGCGAGUUCCACCUGACAGCGCCCACGCUGCAGCGCCACCUGCUGCCCGCCUACCCCUCCGCGCACGUCUUCCUGCUCGCCCCUCUCGACCACUCCGCCCACCGCCUCUCCCUCCUCGCCUGGCCCCACCUCAGCGCCGCGCGCUUGGGGGAACUGGGGGGGAGCGCGGGGGGAGCGGGGGAAGGGGUGGGGGAAGGGGGUGGGUGGCGAGGUGGAGAUUUUCCGGGGUACUACCUCGUGCAGGUGAGCGUGCUGCCAGACGUGCCGGUGAAUGAGACAAAAAUCACCGACCGGCUGCUGGAGGUGGUGGAGGGCAGCGAGGCGCAGACGCGGCAGGGGUUGAUGCAGCAGUUUAAAGCCGUAGAACUCUGCGUUACCGCCAUCACGCGUUACGAGAAAACCCACGCGAUCCGAUACGAUUGGAUUCUGCGGACGCGCGUGGACGGGUACUGGAUGGGGCCGCCGCCGCCCCUGUCGGUGCUGGAUCCGAUUGCGUACACGAUUCCGGGCGGCAGCGACUGGGGCGGGCUGAACGACCGGCUGGGGAUGGGCGGCAGGAAGGCGAGCUGGAAGGCGCUGAGACGGCUGAGCGUGCUGCAGCCGCUGGUAGAGCGCGGAGGGUACUCGGAACUGAACGCAGAACGGGUGUAUCUGGCUCAAAUGGCGUUCCUGCAAGUGCAGGUAGCGCGCUACGACUUCCCCUUCUGCAUCCUCAGCCGCAAGAAAGGCCUCCCAGCCUUCCCUGUCGCCGCCGCCCUCUCCUCCACCGCCGCCGCCCUCAACGGCGCCAAGUGCCGCCCCUGCCGCCCCACCGUGGUCGGCGGGCAGGCCGCAAAAUACAUCCUCGCGCUGCCCGAGCGAAUCUUCGGCGCGCAGCCCCACGGGAUCGACCUGUGCCGGGCAGAAGACGACUGGGCGGCAGACUGGCGCGAAAUCUUCGAUAAAGACGCGGGAGAGGUCCCCGCCGCCGCCCGGCAAUACAUGGAAACGCGAACCUUUGACGAGUGCGUGGACGACUGGCGCUACUUCCACCAGCAGGUCCCUGUCUGGAACGCCCCUCCCCCAGUCUCCAUCUGCGUGCGCGGGCUUCUAGGGAAGUUCCACAAGAUGGGGUACCCGGGGGGGGAUUUCCCGGUGUUUCUGGACCCGUGGGUGGGGGCGCGGGGGGAGGCGAGGGGGAGGAAGCCGGUGGUGUAUUCGGCAGUGGCCGGGGUGGACUAUAGCUUUGACUGGGCGCUCAUGCGCAAGCUGCGGUGCCGCGUGCACGCGUUUGAUAGCACGCCUGAGGGCAUGCGGUGGAUCGGGGACAAGAUUGACAACCUCCCGCCCGCCUCCUGGGUGCACCAUGCAUGGCUGCUGGCGCCGCACGACCGCCCCCUGCAGGUGUACCCACUAGACAUCGAGGAGCACCCUGUAGAAUACGCCGUGACCCCGCCGCCCGGCAUGGACGGCUUGUCGCUGCCGCCGCCCAUCCAGGUGGAGGCGAUGACGGUGGAAGGCACCAUGAAGCUUCUCAACCACUCAAUCGUGGACAUCUUGAGGAUCGGUGGCCACGUGUCUCUGCAUGAAGCAAUCUUUAUGGCGUGGACUCACGCCAAGCGCGCCCCGCCCGUCUGCCAGAUGCCGCCCUACGACAUGGGGUGCGACGGCGCUCCUCUACGCAAGGCCUUCAGCACUCCCAAGCCCAACCGCGUCGCCCGUUCACCGAGUCCCGUCCCCCAGAAGUCGGUGCUGCAGGCGCAAGCGCGGCCGGCUCAGCCACAGCAACCCGUGCUGCAGUCGCAAGGGUCCUUCGGUCGACAGCAGCAGCCGCCGCUCUACGUUCCCCUCCAGCAGUCCGGUGCCGCCGCACCAUACAAAGUCGAUGGUAUGGCUGAGUUGACCGCUGCUGCCUCCGCUCCUCCCGCCGUCGCUCCCGGCGGCCUUCCGUCACCAAAGUCGGUGUUCGCUAAUCACCCCGGCUCGCCGCAGCGCAACGUGGUCGAAAGUCUCUUCAAGCCGGUUGCACCCGCCGCAGAACUCGCCCGGCCCGGUUCUCCUGGCGAAGCCACAACCACACAACCCAAGCCGUUUGGGGGAAACUCGCUGUUCAAAGCGGCGGAGGUGGGCAACAUGGUGAUGCAGCAGCAGACGGCGAUGCAGGUGGCGCAGAUGACGCAGCAAAUGAACCACAUGCUGGCGGAGCUCACCGCGCUCCGCUCAACCGUGGCGGAGCUGCAGGUGCAGGUGCAGUGCGCCAAGGCGCAGGCACAGUCGCAGGCGGUGGCGCAGAGCGAGGCGCGCGGAGCGCUGAAGGAGAGCGCGCAGCAGGUGAAGGACGCGCUGCAGGAGGGGCUGCUGGACGUCAAGGAGCUCAUCUCCUUCAAGGACGCGCAGCAGAAGGCGCGGCUGUUCAACUCGUUCAGCACGCGCGACCGCGACCCUAUGGAGCGGGUGCCCAACGACGCCGGCGAGCUGCCGGUUAGGUUCCCGGCUACCCGGAAGGAGCUGACUGCCAUGUCGCUGGACACGAUGCAGUACCUCUUCGAGUUCUACCAGCUGCCGAAGGAGCCGCAGGAUACGCUCUACGACCGUUUGAUGAAGCACAUCGGCCAAUCCUUCCUAUCCCCUGCUGCCACCACAUCCUUUUCCCUUCCUCCCACUUUUCCCUUCUUCCAUCCUUCUCCUUCCCGUCUCUCCCUUUCUCUCUCACCCUAUUUCUCCCUCCUUCCUCCUCUCCCUCACUUCCUAUCACCACCCUCUCACUACACUCUCAAGACCCUCCCUCCUCCUGUAUUGUCCUCGCACCAUGCCAUGGAAGACAAUCCUCUCCCCUGCUGCCACCAGCCUCUUCCAUUCCCUUUCUUCCUCUCUCCCUUCCUCCAUCUCCCCCUCUCUCUGCUCCCCUCUUUCCACCUCUCCUUUCUUCCCUCUCUCUGCCUCUCCCUCUUGCACCCUCUCUCUGCCAACUCACUACCCCUCACCGCCCUCCGCCCUUCCAUCUCACGGUGCGCCCACCUUGCUGUGCAGAGCCAUCUUCUCCUCGUAGCCAGCACCCACCUGCCCUCGUCUCCCUCUCCCUGA